CUGUCACUUUCGCAUUCUGGAUAUUUGUUAGCGAUUUCGUAUCUCAUAAUUUUAACAAGUUCAUCUGUCAUUGCAUCCCAGGCAAAAUGGUUCGGAAGGAUCCUAUCUUCGAAGCCCGCACCAAUGUCAAGUUGCACUCGAACCGGCUUAAAAAGGAAGCUGCUCGCGCGGAAGCAACAUUCAAGUCAGAAAAGGCAAAGGCGGACAAGGCUAUGAAGAAUCGCGAGUUUCAAAUUGCCCGUAUCCACGCCGCCUCUGCUGUACGAGAGAAACGACGACAAGUAACCCUCAGAGCCGAGGCUGCGCGGGCGGACGUCAUAAUAAAUGAACUCAAAGCCGCUCAGAGUACUCGCGAUACAUCCCGAACCCUCGCUCUGGCGUCAAGAGGACUGGAUGCGGCGUCGAAGAGUGUCAAUCUUGAAAACCUGGUGUCUCAUGCAAAUAACUUCUUAGCGCGAUCGGAAGAUUUCAAAAUCGCUAGUAGUGCGAUAGAGGAUGUCGCUCAAGGUGUCUCUAUGCAAGAGUAUGGUGCCGAGGGCGAAGCCGAAGUUGAUCGUCUCAUGGAACAGCUUGCAGACGAGGCGGGUGUGGACAUGCGCUUAGCCUUGGAUGCUGAUGCAGCUCCCAAGGAAGACGUCAAAGAGCAGAAGCAGGCCGACUCGGAGCUGGAGGACGGCUUGGGAGCGAGACUACGUGCUCUCAGAGCUGCAAGCUGAAACGAAAUGCUUGUCUUCCUUUUGUUACCUUCCAGCGCACCGUUAACAGCUGGCUGAUUGCUUUACCUGUUACAAGCGACGACCGAAAUGUUGCCGUCCGCGUGUAGCAUCUGUCAGACUCGAUUUGCCCUGUUUCCUUCCGAUGGAUAUUGACGAAGUUAUGCCCCCUAGUUUUGAUUUUAUCCGUCAUUCCCGCUCUCUAUAUAAGUCCUCCUGCAUUUGCUGUCACAGCCUCAUGUUCCAACUUCUUCUGGGGACCAUCUUGUUCGGCGUAGGCUUCGGUGAUACUGAAUAUUGGUUUCGAUUUCACGCUAUCAUUUUUCUUCUGUUGUCGCCAAACCCUAGCUUCACAUCUUAUCCUGCCUGUACUUUGUUUUUUAAUGUCUCCCGGGAUACAACCCGGUUGCAUAGAACGAACACGACCUAGCUCUCCUUAUUGA